UUUGGUAGCGUCUGACAUAGUUUGCCUACUCUUCUUCAACCUCCUCCCUUCUUUCUCUCUGCGCCCUCGUGAUCCUCUCUCUAAUUUUCCAUUUUCAAAUCUUUAUUAUAUUCCUUCUAAUCACAUUUCUCACUGCAAAUCAUCUGACAUUAUUACUUGUACUAAUUAAGCUUUCUUAUUCCAAUCAUUAAUCAAUAUUUUUUUAAACCAAUAAUAUUCUGCAAAUGUUAGUUGAUCCCCUCAACUCCACUCUUCAACCACCCCCCUUCUUCAUUUUCUCUCUCCUACCCAUUAUUAUUUCUCCUCCCAUUCUUCAGUUUAACAAUAACAUAAAUUUAAAAAUAUAAAAAUAAAAACUAUGAAGUGCUUCCAUUUCACAAAUGGAGAGAGAAGAUCCGACGACGGAGAAGACGACGUCGUUUCAUCGGGAAGAGCGAGGGUUUCUUGGGCUCGUUCUCUGAGUAUAGCUAGCAGUACCACCAGCACCACCGAUGUUAGGCGGUCGGAGUACGUCGGGGACUCGGAGUUUUCCGGUGAGUCGGCUGGAUUUUUCUCUCUCCUUGCGCAGAAUCGUCGAGUUUGUAACGAUCUGAAGGCGUUUACGUUUGCUGAACUGAAAUCGGCGACGCGUGGGUUUAGUCGAAGUCUUUUGGUUGGAGAAGGAGGGUUUGGUUGUGUUUACAAAGGAGUUGUUGCGAAUGUUAGGGUUUUUGAUUCCGAUGAUUAUGAAUUUGGUGAUUCUGUAAAUUCCAAGAUUGAUGUUGCUGUUAAGCAGCUUAAUCGUUACGGUUUCCAGGGGCAUAAAGAGUGGAUUAAUGAAGUGAAUUGGUUAGGUGUAAUCAAGCAUCCGAAUCUUGUCAAACUAGUUGGAUAUUGUGCCGAAGAUGAUGAAAGAGGGAUGCAGAGGCUUUUGGUGUAUGAGCUCAUGAAGAACAAAAGCCUGGAGGAUCACUUAUUGGGUCGAGAGCCAUCACAUUUACCGUGGAUGACAAGACUAAAAAUUGCACAGGAUGCAGCUCGUGGAUUGGCGUAUUUGCAUGAGGAAAUGGAUUUUCAGCUAAUAUUCCGAGAUUUUAAAACAUCAAAUGUUUUGUUGGAUGAAGACUUCAAUGCCAAGCUCUCAGACUUUGGAUUGGCUAGGCUGGGGCCAGCUGAGGGAUAUAGUCAUGUUUCAACAACAGUUGUAGGAACAGUGGGUUAUGCAGCACCUGAGUAUGUCCUUACUGGAAAGUUAACCAUCAAGAGUGACGUAUGGAGUUUUGGCGUGGUUCUAUAUGAGCUCAUAACAGGAAGACGAGCAGUUGAGAAAAACCUUCCACGGAAUGAACAGAAGCUCUUGGAGUGGGUUAGACCCUUUAUAUCGGAUUCAAAGAAGUUCCACUUAAUUUUAGAUUCACGGUUGGAGGGGCAAUACUGCAAAAAAUCAGCUCAGAGACUAGCAUCAUUAGCAAACAAGUGUCUUGCAAAGCAACCCAAAGCUCGCCCUAAAAUGAGUGAGGUUGUAGAGGUACUAGGUAAUAUCAUCGACGAGGCAUCACCACAGGAAGAAACCGAGUCCAAGUCUGUCAAAGAUGAUGAAGAUGAGAGUGAAGAACAUGGAGGAGAAACAGAGCACACAAAACCACCGAAAAAUUAUCUGAGGAAGGUACGGGAAAUAAAAGAAAUGGUGAAUCUGAGGAACAAAUCUAUAGGGAAACUAGAUUGGAAAAAUUGGACUCCUGGGUUGGUUAAAACUUUGUGAUAAGAAUAUGAGUGUUGUGGAUGAGAGGACAAGGCGCCCUUUUCGGGAUUUGGGUGGUAGUUGAUGUUAAAAAUGCAUAGUUUAGGAGCAAAUUUUGAUUUCAAGAUUUAUUUUAUUUAAUCCAAGCCCCCCUUCCUUGACUGCCUGGAUGGGAAAGUGAGGGAAAUCACAGUUGUAAAUAAUACUAGUAGGUGUAAACCAAAGCAUGAACAUUGAAGCUGGCUUUGCAUUUUGGUUGGAGAGUUGUUACCCGGUCGCUUUUCUCCAAGGUUUUUGCAGGUGGAAGAAUACAAGGAAGUCUAUGUAUGAUGUUUUUCCUUCAUUUGGUUACAGUUUUGACAAUUGGAAUUGAGAAUAUUCAUUUGUUUCUCAGCAGAA